CAAACCCACAUUAUAUUUUGCAAAUCUCUCGAGAAGAGGUAUACUAAGAGAUUUCUCUCUUUAGCUGCUGUGGAAGGUUUUCUUUUUCCUCGAUCGGUGGAAAAUUUGCUUCCGCGGCAGCGUAGUAGAUUUUGAAUAUCUAAGAUUUGAUCAUAUACGAUGGCUCGCUCUCUCUCCAACGCUAAGCUUCUCUCUGCUCUCGUCGCCGAUGGAUUCUCUACUGCUAUCAACAGACGUGGAUACGCAGCGGCGUCGCAAGGAAUAGCUGCCAGCGUGGCAAGAGGAGGUUCAGGUUCGAGGAUGGUGAAGAAACCCGGGGAGGAGCCGGUGGGCUCCACCGAGAAGGUCGCGUGGGUCCCUGACCCCGUGACUGGCUACUACAGACCCGAGAACCGCGUGGCCGAGAUCGACGUGGCCGAGCUUCGUGCAGCGCUCUUAAACAACAAGCACUAAAAUGGGAGAAGUUCAUUGGAGGCCAAGUAAAAAAACAAAAAAACAAAAAAAGGAAUUAGGGGUGGCUCUGACGUGUCAGCAUCUAACGGGCCUAGAAUUCUCUGGACUUGGACUUGGCCUUGGCCGAUGAUUGUUGUACCUCCUCUGUGGUAUGGACUAGAUAGUACUAAUGAUGUAACAUUUCGUUCAUUCGUUCCUUGAGGAGUGGGUUAAUGAUAUGAUUAAUUCAAUAAA